UGCGCGCUGCCGCACAGACGUCUACCGCGUUUCGAGGCAGACGUUACGUUCCUCCGUUCGGCGCGCAAGAAUCAUCGCCCCAGACUCAGCCAGAGCACAGCCAGAGCAACCUGCAACAGCAGUCGCGUCUCCCGAUAAACUAGAAACAAAAAACUGGACAAAAUAAACUCCACAAAAAGUGCCCAAAAGUGCAAAAGUGCCGACAACCAUGUAUUAUCCCUGCAUAAUCCAGCAUCAUCUGGCUACGUAAAGCCCAUCAAAAUGUUGACUCUCAUUGACUUUGUGAUUGGAAUCUGAGUUUCUCUCCCCGCCCCCGACCCCCAAUUCUGCAGACCGGACCUCGAGUUUCGAAACCGUUUUUCAUUAACUGUCUUGUGUUCUGCGCAUAUCAAAACGCAAAAGUGAAAGUGAGUUGCGGUGCGAGUCUUUCGGUCUCUUCGGGCUCCGUGUGCGUGAGUGCCUCUUGAAUGACAAAUAUUGAUAUAUUGGUACAAUGAAAACCAAGCAAUUUCAGCCAACCAAAUAAGCGUCGAGAGAGAAACUAUCAAAGAAAUUAAAUUCUUUUUGUGACCCAUUGGAUUAACAAAAAAAAAAAAGAACAGCAAAAGCCCAGCUCAAGGAUACCAGCAAGCGGAAUUGGAAUACACGCACAGGCUAUCAGCAAUAGACCAUUGGAUUUGGAUAUGGCUGCCAACGAGAUUAUGACACCCACAGUCAAUGCAAAUUGUCAAUACUCGACCAGAUAUUGUUGGGAGGCAGAAAAAGUCAAAUCUCUGAUCAGACUGCGGGCGGAGCUGUCGCCGCUGUUCACGGGCAAAAGAAAUGCCUCCAAAUAUGCCUGGGCCGUGGUGGAGCGGGAGCUCAAUGUGCCGCUGCCGCUGUCGAAGAUCAUCAAGAAGUGGAACAACCUGCUGCAGGAGUACAAGGCAAUCAAGAUGUCCGAGGAGCCCAAGCGGCGCGAGUGGCCCUUCUUCACCCUGAUGGACGUCUAUUUCAGCGACCAGGUCAACGAUCCGUCGCUGCGUCUCUUCUCGUCCACAAAGACCCUCAAGGAGACCCUGGACGACAGUGUAUUCGAGGAUGAUCCAAUUAUCGCCUCGGCCAUCGCUGCGGCCACCAGCGGCGCCUACAUGGACAUGGACGAGCUGAUCCGCCGGCAGAAGGAGCGUGCCGCCCUGGCCGCCGAGCGGAAGCUGGCCGCCGCCGCCAGCGGAGGCAGCGCCGACUACAAGUACGAGCUGAAACCGAUGCUCUCCAACAGCAAGUUCAACAGCAACAGCGACAUGGCCAAGCUGUCCAAGAGCGUAGACGAUCUAUCCAUGCAGCAGUACAAGAUCAAGCAGGAGCUAAUGCGCCAAGAGCAGCAGGAGAACAUGGUAAAGAUCAAGCAGCAUGCGCGCCAGCAGCAGCAACAACAGCAGCAGCAGCACCAACAGGCCCAGCAGCACCAGCAGCGCUUCCUGGGCCACCAGCCGGCCCUCUCGCCGCAUCCCCAUUCGCAUCCACACCGUCUGUCGUCCUCGUCGACGCCGCCGGGCCUGCAGCACGCCCUGCAGCAGCAGCAACAGCAUCUGCUCCAGCAGCAGCAACACCUGCAGCAGCAUCUGCAACAGCAACAGCAGCAGCAACAACAACAGCAGCAGCAGCAUCAUCAUCAGCUCGCUCAUCCCCACCAGCCGCCCACGCCGCGCCCCAGCUCUCCGCCCACAACGGCGCAGCAGAUUCACAUCACGGCCACCCAGCACCAGGCCGCCCAGCAGCAGCUCCACCAGCAGCAGCAACAGCACCAGCAGCAGCCUCAUAAGCAGCAGCAGCCUUACACCGACCCCAACACGAUCGACCAGUACCUGCUGUCGUGGAAUAACUUCCACGGCAACAUGUGCCGCGGCUUCCACUCCCUGCAGAAGGACGAGAAGAUGGUGGACGUGACCAUAGCUGCCGGGGGCAAGAUAUUCAAGGCCCACAAACUGGUGCUGUCCGUCUGCAGUCCCUACUUUCAGCAGAUCUUCCUGGAGAACCCAUCGAGUCACCCGAUUUUGCUGAUGGCCGACGUGGAGGCCAGCCACAUGGCCGGUCUGCUGGACUUUAUGUACAGUGGACAGGUGAAUGUCAAGUACGAGGAUCUGCCCGUCUUUCUGAAGGUCGCCGAGGCCAUGAAGAUCAAGGGGCUGCACACAGAGAAGAACCUGGACAGCGAUGCCAGCGACAUUAGCUCGCCGCACGAGAGCGAUGGCACCGAGUGCCGCUAUGAGCGCGGUACACACAGCGUCAACAUCACCAGUGGACACGCCGCUGGCUACGCUGGUGGACCGCCUCCGCCGCAGCCAUCGCCGUCGCCCUCCCUCAAUGGACCCAAUCGAUGCCCCACUCCCCUGUCUAGCGGAGGCGGUAGCGGAAACUAUGGCGGAUUCCGUGACCACAUCAAGUCGAAGGCCACGCUGGCCGAGACAUUCAUGAAGAAUCUCAACAGGAACAACAACAACAAUAGCAGCAGCAACAACUACAAUCACCUGGGCAGCAACAGCAACGGACUCAACCUGUCGGAGGCGGAGAGCAACUCAUUCGCUAUCCUGCAGGCGAACAGCAAGAAGAUGCUGGACUCGGCCCGCAAGCAGCACAAGUAUCUGGCAAAGCGCAAGAUCCUGAUGCACUACAACACGGAUCUGGGCGGCGAGAAGCGGCUGAAGGAAAUGGAGCGAGAACGGUAUCCCAGUGCCGAGCAAAACGACGACGCUCUGAACAACAACCACAGCCACGCCCAGGACAACAUUAUGGAGCCGAUAAUUACGACAAUCGUGCCGCAGACGCCACCACCGGCCACGCACAACAACAGCUUCAAGAUCCGCCUGGUUGAGAGCCAUCACCUGACCAAUAGCAACGCCAACAGCAACUCGAACAACGGAGGCAGUGGCAGCGGCAGUAGUCCGCAUUCCGGCGGCCACAACAGCAGCAGCAGCAACAACAACGAUGACGACGACGAGGAGGCACUGAAUCUGGUUCAGACCCCCCAUGCCAAUGGUAGCCGUGCCCGCCCCCAAAGUCCCGCUGCCACACCCACACCUACUGCCACGCCCGCACCCGCAACGCCCACUCCAACACCGGACAUUCAGCUGAUCAAGCGCGAAGUGGAGCACGAGCUGCCGACGGAAAACAACAAUGGGCAUGACGAGGAGCUGGCCGGAUACGAGCGCAAGUACGAUGACAACAACAACAAUCGCGGCAUGGACAUGGACAUGGAAACGGACUCGAACAACAACAACAGCAAGCCAGGCAGCGACGUUGAUGCCAGUAAUGCCAACAAUGGCCUGGCCUUGGCGCUGGGAAAACACAAGCUGCUCAGUGCGUUCAACCGGAGUCUGGAGCAGCAGCAGCAGCAAGAGCAGUCACCGGCGGAGACGGAUCACGGCGGCAACAACUGCAGCAGCGACGACAACAACAACAAUCACAGCCCCCAUCUAGACCUGAGCACCAUUAAGAACAUAGCCACAGCGGAGAUAUUGUGCGGGCUGAAGAGCAAGGUCCUGAAGCUGGAAGAGGAGCAACGGGAGCGCGAGCGAGAGAGGGAACGGGAACGGGAGCGCGAAGCCUGCCGCAGCCUCAGCGAGAUCAAGAACGCCGAGUGAUCCGCCGGAGCAGCAGGUGCCGCGCGUGCAUCCCGGGCAGACGAUUAUGCAUUUGAUUACACAUGACAUAGAGCCGAUCAAAGCGAAUCUAUGUGUAUGCUAAUUAUAGUUAUUUAUUAUACCACUUAAUCGUUAAUGUAAUUGUAAUUACCUGAGACCCCACAUAAACAUUGGUUAGUUGGUAGGCCUAGCAUUCUCCCAGCACACCAUUUGGAUCCCUAGCAGAUAAGACUCACGAAAGAUUGUCGUAUCGUAUCGUGUCGCAUCGCUGAUCGACUUACAAAUUAAAUAUUAGCACUUUGGAAAUUGGCCCUGUUGCAAUACGUGUUAAGCCCAUGUUAAACAUAUUGAUAUCGACUAAUUAUGUACGUGUAGAGCAGUAUCUUGUAAGAUAAUACGCCCCGGUCGCACUUUCGAUAUUUCACAGCCGUUCUUACAUUAUUUAUACACAUACUUACAUACAUAUAACGUACCACGAAUGUAUCUCAACGCCAACAAUCACGCACGCAUUCAUACAUCCCUCACAGAAAUCCAUUGCCCCCAUUGCAAUGACAUCGGCCCCGUUCAGACCAUGCACCCUAUGGACGGGCGCCAGCCCACAAAGGAUCAAAUAGAAGGAACAAUAUAUGUAUCUCGUUUUUAGUUUUAGCUUGCCAGACCUUUUGAAUGAGCCCUCAAACUCAGAUAACUCGGUUACCCACGAUCAGCUGUAAGCCAGCGCGCCACUUUCACCUUGAAGCGGUUCCGGAUCUUGUUAAUUGUUUUAACCGAAACCCGAACCUGAACCCGAACCCGCACCAGAAACCCAUUCCCGAAACGCACAUCCACAUCCAUUAAUCCAUCUAUGGGAAGGGAUCGGUUCGGCCGAUUUGGGAACACGAGCCUCACUCAGCCCCACAUAUCAAUCAGAAUUAACAAUGCACAGUGUAACUCGUACAAUAUUUAUUCAAUUUGUUUACAUUUAAAGAAAUUCGUGUAAUAUUUUUCGCUGUUGAACAUUUUUUUAUUGUACAAGAAUUAAUGAAUGAAUAAAGAAACCACCACAUUCAAAA